UUUGAAUAGUACAAGCUAGCUUCCUCUUUCAAACGCUUUCAUUUGCAAUAAUAUUAUUGUUGUUUUCUCUUCCACUGCCCACCCUAUUCAGCUACAUGCUAGCCUCGAGGCCUCAUUAGCAAGUAGAGUAUGCGGAGAAAAUAUUUUGCAGUGUGAGUCUGUCUUCUUUCUCAAGGCCCCUUAGCUCAGACUCCCUACUCGCCAAGUUGUACUUGUGUUCGCGUGAAGUUUUGAGUAGCCAGAAGUUUAUUGCAGUUUGACUUGUAAGCAGAUCCAAAACGAGUAGCGAUGAGAACAUCAGGGCCAAAGCCGAAGAGUUUUCGGCUGGAGGAGAGUGGCGAGGAAUACAUGAUUGGAUCAGAGGCUGGAGCAUGGCUGAAGAUGGUGCGAGGCUCCCUGUACAAGCGGUAUCCUGGCUUGUGGAGACGCAUGGCCAGCAUAGAAGAAAGGAAGAUUAUAUGUGGUAUGGGCAUUGGCCUUUCAACCACUAGUAUAACCCUACUGAAGGCAUGCGAAGUAGAGGACAUGGCUGGAGGUGAUGACGAACAGUACAAGGGGCCGGCGGCCGAAACCACUCCAGCCGCAAAGGAGACCAGGGAAAGGCGAUCGGCUAAGCUGAACCGCGAGGCAUCCUGGUCUGCUCAUGGUCCAGCGGCGCAGGCGGCAGCUGCGCAAGCCCAUCUUAGUUCUCACAUGGACGCUGUGCCUUCAUUGACUGUUCCUGCGAAGCAACGCACCGGUCCCAAGCGCCUAAGAACGUAUCCGCAUUUCUAUGAUGACAAUAAACUGCCUGUCUUGCAGAAAGCUGGUGAGCAGGCAGAAGUGCUGGUGCCCAUCCGUCUCGAUUUGGAGAUUGAAAAUCAUAAGCUUCGCGAUACGUUUCUCUGGAACAAGAAUGAGUCAAUGAUAACACCUGAGCAGUUUGCUGAACUGCUUUGCGAUGACAUGGAGCUACCAAGUCCUCUGUUUGUUCAGCCGAUUGCCAAUGCCAUUCGUGGCCAGGUGGAACAGCAUCCUGGAGAUCUAGUGGCCAUGGAUGAAGAAGAUCGUAGGGUGCCAAUUAAGCUGAACAUUCACGUCGGCAAUAUCUCACUUGUGGACCAGUUUGAAUGGGACCUCUCCUGUCCGCACAACUCCCCUGAGGAAUUUGCCAGACAGCUCUGCAGCGAUCUGGGACUUGGUGGCGAAUUUGUCAGUACGAUAGCGUAUAGCAUCCGCGGGCAGAUCAGCUGGAACGCUCGCACUAUGUACGCUUUCGGAGACCCACCCUUACCCACGCUCAAGUCUGUGCUGCGAACACCCAUACAGGAUACUGAACACUGGUGCCCUCGUCUUGAGGUUUUAACCGAAGCAGAAAUGGAGAAGAAGAUUCGUGACCAGGACAGAAACACAAGGAGAAUGCGCCGCUUGGCUCAGGGUUGGUGAGCGAAGAUGUGUACAAUUGACGUGACUAUGAUUAUGUUGACCUUGAUGAAGCUUCAUCGUUUUAUUCUUCCUUUCCUUGCACAUACUAGUAACUUUGAUGUCUUUUUUUGUAUCUAGAUUUAUACGUGCGUUGUUCUUCGGCUAUGUAUUGUCCGUUUACGUACAUUGCGCUUUUAAUGUUACGCUCUGCUGUAGUCGUGUAUGCGUGUACCUGCUAAGCUAACGUUACACUGCUGUGUGAAUAGUGUGUUGCUGUACAUACUUGCUACCUUUUGCUGACCUGCUCCAUCUACUUUGUGGGCGCCGACUCCGGCAAACUCUUUUUGCUUGAACUCUUGUGCACUUGUACAUUGCAGCUAUUUAGUUCUGGCGUUCACACCAUUUUUAUAUCCUUCUUUAUUCAUCAUGUAUUGCUAUUGAUCUAUCCACGCCACCCUGCUAUGUGUUUGACUCAUGGAAAUGGCCCAUUGUGCGCUUUAUUCUACAUUUACUGGCUAUGUAUAUGUACUUGUAUUCGGCUGUUAUCAGUAUACAAGUUACUAUUUGUGUGUAUGUGCUGUGCGCAUGCUGGUCUGGAUAUUUCCACAUGCAUUAUGCUCGUGCGUGUUGCGCCAUCCGUAUCAACAUGCCACGAAACAUUAUGUUAUAGUAUGGUGUAGACCCGAUUCCGACCAGA